GAGAGUCACCGCGCGUGCGCCGCGACAUCGCCACCGGUUUUAAAUUUAGAAUCGUCGGGAAUUCGCUGGCCUAUUUCAAUAAACGGCGGAUUUUAACUCAGUUAUCGAUAACCGCAUUUAUUCACUCAAUUGUGUAUUCUAUCGAAUAGAAUAACUAUCAAACUAUAGUGAUGUACAGUGAAGUGAGAUGAGGAUAGUCGUAAGCGUGUGCGCGUGAAGUGUUUAGACGCAGAGCGGUCAGAAUAACAGAGAUGCGUGGAAGCAUAUUGCUAUUUAUGUUAGUGCUGUGGAAACAAGACUGUGUCCGCAGCGUUCGUCUGAUAGAGCUGCGAGUACCAGGGCACGCGGCGGCCGGCGGCGAAGCCCUGCUCGGCUGCCAGUUCGACCUGGAGGGCGACCUGCUGUACUCCGUCAAAUGGUACAAAGAUGGCCGCGAGUUCUACCGGUACAUGCCGCGAGGGGCCAACCAGACGCUAAGGUUUCUUAGGCCAGGAGUCACUGUCGAUUUGCGCAGGUCAUCGAGUGACGUGGUGACGCUGGUAAACCUGAAACUGGAGUCAGCAGGGCUGUACCGCUGCGAGGUGUCGGGCGAGGCGCCACAGUUCGCCACCGUCGCUGACGAGAAAUACAUCACUAUUCACAUUCUCCCAAAAGGCGGGCCACGGAUAACGGGUCUCCGAUAUCAGUACGAUAUUGGAGACCGUCUGAUAGCCAACUGCUCGUCGCCAGGGUCGCGACCUCAAGCCCAGCUAAAGUGGCUGGUCAACAACCGACCAACCCACAAGGGCCACUUGCGGGGGCCCUGGCUCAGAGUGGCCCAAGAUCCCCCCGAUACUGUCGAGGUCACACUAGGACUCAAUUUCAUGGUCCUGCCUGGACAUUAUAAAAACGGUGUUAUGGAGGUCAAGUGUCAAUCAACGAUAGCACCGUUAUACCAACGCGAGAAAGCGUACAUUUUAUCAAUGCCCGAUCUAAACGAAGAUACGACGAACAAAGAAUCCGAGAUAGACCUGGGCCCCGAGCCGGCUGAUACCAUGGACUUGUCAGACAAACUAAUGCAGGAGAAUAUUAUUAACAGCUUCCGAGAACUGGCUAACACCAUACACUUGGAGCUCCCAGCACUGACGACCACGACGCCAGAACCGGAUACUACAACUUCAGAGCCGGAACCUCAUGAUAGUGAUGCUCAAUCCACAUCGAAAGGAACAUCGCUUACUUUUUCAAUUGUGUUGCUGACGAUCCUCCUGCAACUGUUAUUAUAGACAGGCAGUUUACAUCUCAUAAUAAUAUUCAUUAUAUCUCAGACAUGCCAUGUUAUUGUGCUAAUGCCGCUAAAAUAUAUCUAGUUACUUACGUGAAACGUGUAAAGCUGGUACCUCACACAACUUAGGGAAUGUUGCGAAUACUUGCGAA